CCCAGCGCCAGUCAGCAACUGUGGCUCGUGUUGGCUGAACCAUCUUGUAGGGCCAUCCUCUUUUUCUUGCCGUAGGACUCCUGAACCAACACAUACAAAAUGGCGGAUGAUGAAAAAAAGCGUCUCGAGGAGGCGAAGAAGGCCAAACAGGCCGAGAUCGACCGCAAGCGCGCUGAGGUGCGCAAGCGCAUGGAGGAAGCCUCCAAGGCCAAAAAGGCCAAGAAAGGUUUCAUGACACCUGAGAGGAAGAAGAAGCUUAGGUUGUUGCUGCGUAAAAAAGCCGCUGAAGAGUUGAAGAAAGAACAGGAACGCAAAGCUGCGGAGAGGAGGCGCAUCAUCGAGGAGAGGUGCGGCAGACCCAAGAACAUCGAUGACGCUAACGAAGAUGCUAUUUCGAGGGUUUGCAAAGAAUACCACACCCGCAUCGGCAAACUUGAAGAUGAAAAGUUCGAUCUGGAAUACAUCGUUAAACGGAAAGACAUGGAGAUUGCCGACCUGAACUCUCAAGUCAACGACCUCAGAGGCAAAUUCGUCAAACCUACACUCAAGAAGGUGUCCAAAUACGAAAACAAAUUCGCUAAGCUUCAGAAGAAGGCAGCUGAAUUCAACUUCCGUAACCAACUGAAGGUUGUCAAAAAGAAGGAAUUCACCCUUGAAGAAGAAGACAAAGAGAAAAAGCCAGACUGGUCCAAGGGCAAGCCGGGAGACCAGAAGGUAAAAGAAGAAGAGGUUGAGGCAUGAAGUGUUAAACCCCCACCACCAAAAAAAACUAUAUUGUGAACCUAUUGUAUCAGUUGACCACAAGCCGUAGAACUUAGAAUGUGAUAUACCUAUUCCUGAGUACGGCUCUGUCAGACCUUUUUAUUGCCUCGAUCAGCCAACGGCAAAUUCCUCCAUUAUCCAUAUGUAUAUCGUCUGACCACAAUACAAUUUCAUAAAUGUCUAAACCUUUAUAAUUAUUUAUUUAUUUUAAAUAAAUUUUUGUAAGUUAAUAAUACGUUUAAUAAAAAUUAAUUUUCUUUAAUAUAUUUAUA